AGUGACCAGCAGCUGGAUUGUGCCUUGGAUUUAAUGAGGCGUCUGCCUCCCCAGCAGAUCGAGAAGAACCUCAGUGACUUGAUUGAUCUGGUCCCCAGCCUCUGCGAAGAUCUCCUGUCUUCCGUCGACCAGCCGCUGAAGAUUGCGCGGGAUAAGGUGGUGGGAAAGGACUAUCUAUUGUGCGACUACAACAGAGAUGGAGACUCCUAUAGGUCACCAUGGAGCAACAAGUAUGACCCGCCUUUGGAAGAUGGGGCCAUGCCGUCCGCUCGCCUUCGGAAACUGGAGGUGGAAGCCAACAAUGCCUUUGACCAGUACCGAGACCUGUAUUUUGAAGGUGGCGUCUCCUCGGUCUACCUCUGGGAUCUGGAUCAUGGCUUUGCUGGAGUGAUCCUCAUCAAGAAAGCUGGAGAUGGAUCAAAGAAGAUUAAAGGCUGCUGGGAUUCCAUCCACGUGGUGGAAGUUCAGGAGAAGUCCAGCGGUCGCACUGCCCAUUACAAGCUGACCUCUACGGUGAUGCUGUGGCUGCAGACAAACAAGACGGGGUCCGGGACCAUGAACCUCGGAGGCAGCCUUACCAGACAGAUGGAGAAAGAUGAGGCGGUGAGCGACUCCUCCCCACACAUAGCCAACAUUGGCCGUUUGGUAGAGGACAUGGAAAACAAAAUCAGAAGUACGCUGAACGAGAUCUACUUUGGCAAAACAAAGGACAUCGUCAAUGGGCUGAGGUCUGUGCAGACUUUCGCAGACAAAUCAAAACAAGAAGCUCUUAAAAACGACCUGGUGGAGGCUUUGAAGAGAAAGCAGCAAAGUUAAACUCCUCUUCAUGCUAACAAGACAUGCCAUGCACUCUUAAAUUCCUUUCUUAGAAAAUUCAUUUUCUGGCCCCCCCCCCACCCUCUCCCCUCCCUUUCUUUUUUCUUUCUUUUUCCCCCCCGUCAUGUCCCAUAACAGUUUGCAUCAGAUACUCUCCACGCAACGCCAUCUCUCCCCAUGAAUAAAGCUGUAUAAACCUUUUCAGUCUCUGAGGCCUACUUUCCACCACAUUUUGCUUAUCGAGACCUUCAAUGUUUCCACGGAGACCAUGCGCUUCUGUUGCCCGCUUCCAGCCCCUUCUCCCCUCCUCCAUCUAUAGGCAUAAAACCCGUUCCACUCCCAUUUUGUUUCCCCCCACCUCCGCCAACCUUCCCCUUCCACCUCCCACCUUUUUGUUACAUUGGUGUAAAAAAUGUAAAACAAAAAAAUUUUAUUAAAUACUGUGGUGUGUGAAAGAUAGAGGAAAAA